AUGGCCGAGAAGGGAAGACGAGUGAGUGCAAGCAGCGAGAACAGCGAUAGCGAGAAGGAUGCCACGGAGACUCCGGCAAGCGACUUGGUCCUCACGAAGUACUCCAUGGCUGCCGAUAUCGUUAAUGCUGUUAUGAAGGCAAGAGAGCUUGUUGCUUUUUUGGCCCAUUGCCUCUACUUGUCCACUUCCCUGAACCAGUGGUCCUUUGACACCUCUACGCUGAAAACGCCGCAUUUUGGGGGAGGGGGAAUGGGAUAUGCUGUAUGUUUGCAAAGAAGAAUAGUUGGUGCCUUGGCCAGUAGCGAAAUAAGCUCUUGA